AUGCUACAAUCCUUAUUACAACCAAGAGACAACCAAAGAUCAAAAAUGAUUGGUGCGAUGCCAGCAGUAGCUGUGCGGCAUGAGCGGCGACGGGCUGAGAAGCGGGGACGGCGGCCCUCGCAGCUGCCUCUGCAGCUAGGCAGGGGCGUUGAGGACGCCACGCCCUCGCCCGAGCACCGGCUGAGGAAUGAGCUGUAUGUCUGUGGGAAGGUGGCAGCUUUACACGCAAUAGUGGGAUCAUUGCUUCUCGGCAUUGUAGUGUUGGUGGUGGGGCUGGUCCAGCUGUCACCGGGCGCGGAGGCGGCUCAGCAUCGCUAUUAUCUGAUGGGUGCUGGGGCAGCCCUCGUCGGCACAGGCGUACUAGGAGCCGUACUUAGAUGUGUGUGUCUCCACUGGUAUAACGUGAAAGUACGCGAAGAAUACGACGAAAGGGUUCGGUCCAAUCAGAAGAACGGUGUCAGUGUGGUGGAGAGCCACCAAGAACACGAACACGCCCGCAAGGAGGAUAGACCCAAGUUGAAGGCACAGGCUAGCGUCCAGGACGUCGACCUUAUCAAACAGCCUUCCGUAGCCAGUGACACUUAA